AGCGGGCAAAUGGGGAGCUGAGCGGCUGCAGCAGCACCACGGCCGCGCAGCAGCACCGGCAGCAGCAGCAGCAGCAGCGGCGGCGGCGGCGGCGGGCGGGCACGGAGGCGAGCUCGGCGGCGGGCCGCUGCUUCGCAGGCGCCGAGUGCGAGCGGUAGCCGGGCUGCCCCCGCCGCUCCGGGCUGAUCCCCCUCCUCGCGGGGCGGCCGCCGCCUCUCCGGGCCGGCACCAUGCAGACCUUCCUGAAGGGGAAGCGGGUGGGCUACUGGCUGAGCGAGAAGAAGAUCAGGAAGCUGAAUUUCCAGGCCUUCGCCGAGCUGUGCCGGAAAAGAGGAGUAGAAGUAGUACAGCUUGACCUCACCAAACCCAUUGAAGAUCAGGGCCCUUUGGAUGUGAUCAUACAUAAACUGACAGAUGUCAUCCUUGAAGCAGACCAGAAUGACAGCCAGUCACUGGAGUUGGUUCACAGGUUCCAGGAGUAUAUUGAUGCUCAUCCAGAAACCAUUAUCCUGGACCCUCUUCCGGCUAUUCGUACUCUUCUGGACCGAUCCAAGUCUUAUGAGCUAAUUCGGCAAAUAGAGGCAUACAUGCAAGAUGAGAGGAUCUGUUCACCACCCUUUAUGGAGCUGACAAGUGCCUGUGGAGAAGAUACCUUGCAGCUUAUAGAGAAGAAUGGACUGGCAUUCCCGUUCAUUUGUAAAACCAGAGUGGCCCAUGGAACCAACUCUCAUGAGAUGGCGAUCAUCUUCAACCAGGAGGGCCUGAAAGCUGUUCGCCCCCCUUGUGUCAUUCAGAGCUUCAUCAAUCACAAUGCCGUGCUGUAUAAAGUCUUCGUGGUCGGGGAGUCCUACACAGUGGUGAAAAGACCAUCUUUAAAGAACUUCUCUGCGGGAAUCUCAGACAGAGAAUCAAUAUUUUUCAACAGCCACAAUGUUUCAAAACCAGAAUCCUCAUCUGUCUUAACAGCACUGGAUAAAAUCGAAGGAGUAUUUGAGCGGCCAAACGACGAUGUCAUCCGGGAAAUCUCUAAGGCACUGCGGCAAGCUCUGGGAGUUUCCCUCUUCGGAAUUGAUAUCAUCAUUAACAAUCAGACUGGGCAGCAUGCAGUCAUUGAUAUAAAUGCAUUCCCAGGUUACGAGGGUGUUUCCGAAUUUUUCACAGAUCUCCUGAACCACAUAGCUGCUGUCCUGCAGGGUCAGGCACCUGAGGUGACCCAGCUAAACCGCAGCAAGCUCCUGGCAGAGCAGACCAGCGGGAUCAUGGACGAGCGGAUAUGCUGCGCUAGCACAGGCUGCCUCAGCGUCAUGGGAAAAGACUCCUCCUGGAUUGUGGAAAGUGAGACCAACAGCUCAGUAAAACUGCAACACCAGAGACUAGGCUGCAACUCGGCAGUGUCCCCCAGCUUCCAGCAGCACUGCGUCGCUACAUUGGCAACAAAAGCUUCUUCUCAAUAACUUGCCAAUGCCAUGGACUGAGAAAAAGCCACAGGGAUACAAAUUGUGGUCCCAGAACCAGAUCAGGCUGUAACAAUACAAUUGCGAAAAAUGAAAAAAAACGACACAAAAAAGCAAAAUAAAAAAACCUUCCAUUUGAUUUAACCUGAUUUGCUGAUGAAAUGGACUGAAAGGGAGAGGGCGAGAAAGUGAUUCAGAUCCAUUUCAUCAGAUUCCAGUUGCAAAUCUGUAGUGAGUUUACACACGCGUGGGUUUUAACACUAGUCCUUUCAUUGUGGGAGGGUUGCUCUUUCAUUUCUAUUGUUCUUUGUAAUCACUGGUGACCAGCAUUUUAAAAUCGGACCUCAUGGUAUCAAGAAGAUAAUAAUGUUGAAAUGCAGUGUCUGAAUGUAACAGUGCUAGAGAUUUUUGCCUAAAAUAUUCCCUGUUCCCUUUUUCCAGGUAGGCCAUUGCAAAAGAAAGCUAAGACAACUUCAGUAUCACUAAACCAAAUCUCUUGAAACAUUGACCAGUCAAGACGUUGACAGGUAGCUUGCUGUGAAGCCGCGGCACUUUGAGUAGGACUGAGCAGACUGGUUGUUCAGGGUGCAGAACCGAGGUGACCACCCCGGUUCCAGCUUUGCAGUUCUUCCCCCAGGCCUCAUUGCUUCAGUCAAAAGCAGCUUCUAACCACGCUUACCAACAGCGACACAUGUUUGAUCCAGACAGGGUGCCGAUAGUUAGGUUGAGUGAUUUAGUAGAUUAAAUAUCAUCCUUUCAAUCGUCUGCUAGUGGUGAAAUCCUAGAAGAGUUAAUGGGAGCAGCUCAUCUUUUAGCAGAGAAUUUAAUUCUCCCUCCAUUGCACUUGUGAGGACUCUGGGACAGCUCUGCAAAAAGGCUGGCAAUCAGAGCCACACAUUUUCCUUGUAGCAGUGCGCCUGAUCUGCAGAUCCUAAGGGGUAACACAGUUGCUGCUUUCCACAGAUCCAUGCUGCUGUGCAUUUUGUUUUUCUUUUGCAAAUUAAGUAUAAGCAGAAUUGUGUACCUUUAUAUGAGGUAGAAGUACACGACAGCUCUAGCUUAGAGACCACAUUAUUUUGUUGCAAGCUGCCAGAUGAGGCUGUGUGGUAAUUUACAAUAGUGCUUUAUACUAUUUGUAUACUAUAGCACAGCCAAAUUGUAUCUCUUGAGAUACGCAGUAAACCUACAGUGUUCACCCUCUAUUGCAUCUUCUGGCAUGGCAGCAUCUUCUGCUGUUGAGAAUUCCUGCAACUUUUGCCAAUUCUGAACACUAAACUGGAAUUAUCCAAGUCUGUCAGCGCUGAGAAUGGAGACACUAUUUUGGUAGACAGAGUGGCCUUGCCUUCCCUGUAUAAGCCCUAAAAUACAUUUAAGAGGGGUGGUGUUAAAAAAAUUUCCUUAGCUAAGCUCCUAGCUUGCAGAUAUGGGAAUUUCUGUCUUUCUAUAGCAGGUAUUUGUAUAGCAUCCAUCACUGCAGCAUUUAAUACCAGUUUGUUUAGUAUCAUGUGUUAGAUAUCUACUCAAAAGGAAAGGAUCUAGAGCUUAAAGCCCAGGUAGACCAUGGAGAGAGGAGUAAACUAUGUAAAAGAUGUCACCACUCUACCUGAUGGUACUAGUCCUGGAGAGGAAAAAGUUCUGAAGAGUGUUGUGUAGCAGUUCUUUUGUGUAAACGAUGGUUUUUCCUUAGGAGAGAUUGGGUUUGUUUCCAAAAUGCCCUUCUUGGGAAUUUCCUGCAGCCGGGAUCAGAUUUUUGAGGGUGAUUUAAGAAGAGAUUAUUCCACCUCUAGAGGGGUUACUAACUUUAAGAUAUUUCUGUAGGGACUGGAAGGACCUUAUGAGUGUGGUAUCUGUCAAAUUCAAGGGUGCACAUAAAUGCAGCCAACUUCCUCGACUAUUGCAGGUCAAUUCUGAGCUGGGCAUGCUUCACAACCCUUGUAUGCUUUGAGGCUGCUGGAUCCCACGUUGUCUGCAGCUUGCAGGUCUCGGGUGGUCGUGGUGUGAGUGUGUCAGAUGUACAUAGGUAAGGGUUUAUAAAAGUAUUCAUGAUAGACCAAACCUUUCGUAAAGCCAUGACUGAAAUAAAAUUGACAUCUACAGUUUGAGGUUUGUUUUUGUUUGUUUAAAAUAAGUGUUUUUAUGUUACAUGUGUAACAAAAGAUACCCUCAGGAAGGAACUUGCCAGUGCAUAUUUUUGUAUGGUACUUUCUUGUAACCAGCUGGUGGAGUGUUUGUAGACUUGCCUUUUGCUCCCUUUAUUGCAAUGGCUUGGGGUUUUUUUGGGUUUUUUGGUUUUUGGUUUUUUUUAUUGGGUGGUGGGGAAGAAGCAAUGAUGUUAAAACUGGGUUAAUAACUCAAGACCUUUCAAACUAAGUAUGUUUACAUGAAUCUGAGUGUUGGAUCCAAUGGAAAUGUCUGUAUGCUGUUUCCUAGUUAGAACAUCAAAUAAGAAUUUUAUUUUCCUGGCUGCCUUCUGAAUUUUGGUUGGCCUAUUUUGCACUGCUUUAUUUCUCCAAAAUAAACUACUGAAAUAUAAUUGUGCAUUUUAAACUUGUUUACAAAUGAUUGUUAGAAGUUUAUUUUGUAAUUCUCUGAAGGCUUGCAGAAAUACUAUAUUUAAAUAUUACUCCAGACCUUGGCAGUAACUAGAAAACAAGUUUAGGUCAUUGGUGUGAUCAGUGACAUUUUUCCCGUAGUCUGUAAUUUAUUUUUUAUUUAUCAAAUGUAUUGGUAUCACUUUAAUUUACCAGGUGCAGAUAUGCAGGUACCUGUUGUGAUGUGGCAUUACAAUAGAGUUUUCACAUAAAUUACCAUGCAAUUGCUGUACUACUAUAUUUCCUUGCAGAAAUUAUUGUUAUGGCUCGUAUACUAGAAUGUUGCUAAAUCACAGGGGCAAAUUGGGAGACCAACUUUUAAAAGCCAAAACUGCAAAUUACCAAGUAUCCAGACAUGCAAUUACAUUAUUGCAAAACAUUCAGCAUGUGUAUAUUAAGCCUGUGCUAAAGUGCUUUUCUGAAUUGCUGCCUCGUUUGAUAAGUUCAGGAUAGUUUUGAUUUAAGAUAAGCUUCACAGUAAGUUUGUUAAUAUUCUGUAGUCUUGUCUUUUUUUGUAAAAGUAGAGGAGUCUAGUAAUAUUAGACCAUACCAGAAUGCCCUUGCUCUUAAAAUUGCGGACAAUCUGAGGGAGAUUUUCCAUAAUGUCUGUUUGAAUUCUGUUAUUGUGGGUUAGAAAAGGUUCUGCUGUGUUUUCAGAGGCAUAGCUAUUAUUGCUGUGUUGAUGGAAGCAAUUAUAUUAGAAUUACAUGGUCACCAGUUAGCUUCUUAGGGAUCUAUUUCUGUUCUGCUUCACUGUUAGAAAUCCACAAGAACACCAUUAGCUUGACUGGAGUUUCUUCAGGUUUUGUGUCAGUGUGAUGGAGGAGAUGGGACUCUGGUUUCCACUGUAAUUAUGCAAUCAGCUUCAGUAGGUGAAGAUUUUUCUGUGUUGAAGAGAAACUUGAGUGGUAUUAUUACUGCCUGUGAUGUAAAGCCAUCACCAUCCUUCUCCCCCUCUAGCUGACUUUGCCACGUUAUGCUUGGGUUUGUAGGGACUGUAUCAGAACAUCCCCAUCGUUACGUGAAAACCAGCUGCAGAAAUGCAGCCUAACUAGGAGCAUUGGUGCUGAUACUUGUGGUUUGUGUAACGUGGAACUACCACUGGGCUGAUGCUGUUUUGUCUUUGGUUAACCACAUGUCUGGCUAUUCAACCUUUGUGCUGUAGGAGCCGAUUGACCGGGCUGGUCGGUAGAUAGGAUGCACUAUUUUUAUUAAUACUGUUCAGACUGUUGGAAUGAUAAAGCUGUAUAAAGAUCUCCAUCCUCAACGUGAGAAUGUCUGUGCAGAGGAGGUCCGCAGCAGGUUGCUCAGAUGGAAAACCACCAGGUUAAUAUGUUUUCAUUAUAGAUGAGUACAAAUUAAGAACCCGACCCUGAGGUUUCACGAGGUAACAACGAUUGCUCAAGAUAAAGCCUCAAGUUCUCCAGAUUAACUGCGGGCUGUAUCCAGCCAGGUGGAGUCGUGGGUAGAUAACAGAGGCAGGAUACAGUCCAAAGGCAACAGAAUAAAUGGGGCCAGAGGUGUUUGGCUGGCAAAAAAAGAGCGAAACAAGGGAAAAAUGCUUCUGUUGUUUCCAUCCAAUUAAAAAAAAUCCAGGCUUAUCAAUUCUUAGACUAACACUGGUUUCCCAAAGUCUUUGCGUGGCAGCAGUGACAAGUGAGUCAGGCUUUUUCACACUAGCUUGCAGCCUUGCCUUCCAGAGCUGUGCAGAAAAUAUUGGAUUUUGGUUUUUUAGUGAAUAGAGUCUAUUUUGAGUUUGUAGCAGUCUCCCCAUGUGCGCACUUGCAGGAGUUCAGUUGCAUUAUCCUGCUCAUUUUUUUUUCCUUUCUCCUUUUUAGUAAGAGAUGUAUUGAUUUCUGUUUUCAGUAUACAAUUACUUUAUGGUGUUGCAACUGUGUGUUUUGUAAUUAGGAGUAUGUGAAAAUGCUUUGUGUAGAUUAAAAUAUUUCCUUUAAUAUAAUCUCCUCUCGCUUUCAUAGAUAAACGGAUACGCCGUUGCAGAUCACAUUGCUGAUUUUAUUUGUAAUAUUGCUUUAAUAUCUAUUUCAGAGGAAUGUAACCUCCAGAAAAGUACUUUCCACAUCUUCACUACCUUUCCUUUCCCUGUUCACUCUGUGUGGAUCCAGGCCAUCAACACUUGAGCUUGUGACUGGAGGGGUUUCAGAUCCUCCAUGGAUUCUGUCAUGUUUACAUGGCCACAAAAAUUAUUAAAAAGAUGGUUGAAGUUUGAGAAGAUCCGGGUGUAAAUGGAGAUGUUAGAGCGAUUCCUUAGCAACACAAGCACAGUAGCAUCUGUAGCAAGCAAACGGAAUCGUUCUUGCUGUGUGGGUGCAGGUGGCUGUUGGGGUCUGGUCCACCCCUGCUGCUGGGGCAGUUUUCCUGUGGAAAUAAAAAAAUCCACUGUAAGAAAACAUCCUGUAUCUGUGGUGCAGAAGGAGGGCGAGGAGAGGUAGGGCUUGGGAGUAAAAUCCUGGCCAGUGGACAUCAUGAUACGAGUGGUCCAGAAUUUCAGUCUGUUUUUUAAUAGCAAUCUGGGGAGAUGUUUUCUUUCUCUCCACCAUUCUUACCCUGAAUCCACUGGGGCUGACGCUAGCAGAUGCCUGUGGGCCACAUGAGCUCAUUAGCAGGUGGCCUUGCCCAGCGUGCCAUGAGUUUGCAGAGGGCUCCUGAGAUGUGUUGGGAAGGUUUUGUUGAUGGUCUGGAAAUCUCUUGCAACUCCAGAAAUAGCUGAAACAGCGAAUGGAGUUCAUGAAAAUCAGGUCUUCCUCUUCCAUCUUUUUUAAGGAAACCCACAUUUUAUUUCCUUCUUCGUUCUUUACACAGUAGUUUUUAGAUAUAAAUUAUUUUAACAUUUUUUGUGUGAAAAGUCAUAUAUACAUAUAUAAAGCUAUUAAAAGGUUGAGUAUAUGUUGAGUAUAAAAUAGUGACUUCUUUGUUUCAGAUGUUAGCAGCCCCUAAAAAUGAGUUGUUUAUCCUCUUGUAAAGUCAGUACUGUAAAAAAAAUAUUAAAAAUAAAAGAUGUAUUAGAUGUAUCUUUUAUUAUUUAUUUCUGAUUCAGUAUUUGAUACAGCUUGUGUAUACCCUUGUGAGAACCACAUACUAAAAUGCAAUUGUUCUUAAAACGGAGUAACAGCAAUUCCUUGGGAUCCCAACAAUUUUGAGAAAACUGGCCCGUCAGGUAUGAAUAGAGUUGGAUAUUCUCCUUCACUCUCCAGCAUUGCUCCCCACCUAAGCAUGGCUGAAUCUUGGGGACCAUUUUGUGUGUGUGCUAGGUUUUGCAAGUUCAUCGAUAUCUGUGUUUAAAUCCAGCUGUACAGUGUUAACAAGUGUGUCUGGUGAUUCGCUUCAGCCUGGUUCACUAUGAUUUCUGAAACAUAAUUCCCAUUUUGUACUUAAAUUUGUAUAGAAUUAUAUAAACCCUUAAAAGAUCAUGGCUUACUGUAAAAACCAAAAAUACUUGCUAUUUGGCGUCUUCAAUUGCAUGACUGAUCAGAUCUGACAAUGAAGAUGGUGCUUUCAUCUAACAGCAUUGAUUUCAAUGGUAAUAUAUUCAUUUUCUUUUCGUUUACCAAGCACCUGUUUUGGACAAUGUUUUGGUUUCAACAGUAAAGCAAUAUGCAGUAGGUAUUGUGGCAUUAUCUCUGUAAUUGUUUUGAAGACGGAAUUGUCCCUUUCCAACACAUAAUGAAAAUAAAUGCCUUAUAACAA